AGCCUCAUUCGCAGACUCUCGUUUCCAGCCAAAAAAACUCAAAAUGGUUGCUUCAGCCGCCGCACGACCCCUCAUCUCCGUCCAAGGACUUGACGGUGACAUGAGCACCGAUCAAUCCACCACCGUCACUUUACCCGACGUCAUGACUGCUCCCGUUCGACCAGACAUCGUCAACUUCGUCCACGCCCAGAUGUCCAACAACAGCCGUCAGCCUUACGCAGUCUCCAAAAAGGCUGGUCACCAGACCUCCGCCGAGUCUUGGGGAACUGGAAGAGCCGUGUCCCGUAUCCCUCGUGUUCCCGGUGGUGGAACUCACCGUGCCGGUCAAGCCGCGUUCGGUAACAUGUGUCGUGGUGGUCGCAUGUUUGCUCCGACUAAGAUCUGGAGACGCUGGCACCGUCGCAUCAAUGUCAACAUGAAGAGGCACGCGAUUGUUUCUGCUAUCGCCGCUACAGCUGUUCCUGCUCUUGUGAUGGCUCGUGGUCACAAGAUCGAGAAUGUUCCUGAGAUGCCUCUUGUUGUAAGUGACUCAGCUGAAGCCGUGGAGAAGACUUCGGCUGCGAUCAAGGUUUUGAAGCAGAUCGGUGCUUAUGACGACGCCGAGAAAGCUAAGAACAGUAUCGGAAUCCGUCCUGGUAAAGGUAAAAUGAGGAACCGUCGUUACAUUUCUAGGAAAGGUCCUCUUGUAGUGUAUGGAACCGAAGGAUCAAAGAUUGUGAAAGCUUUUAGGAAUCUUCCUGGUGUUGAGCUUUGUCACGUUGAGAGGCUUAACUUGUUGAAAUUAGCUCCUGGUGGUCACUUAGGUAGGUUUGUGAUUUGGACUAAGUCAGCUUUUGAGAAGCUUGAGUCUAUCUAUGGCUCGUUUGAGAAGCCAUCUGAGAAGAAGAAGGGUUACGUCUUGCCUCGUUCGAAGAUGGUGAAUGCUGAUCUUGCUAGGAUUAUUAACUCUGAUGAGGUACAGAGUGUGGUGAACCCGAUUAAGAAGGAUGCUAAGAGAGCUGUUCUUAAGAAGAACCCAUUGAAGAACCUUAAUGUGAUGCUCAAGUUGAAUCCUUAUGCUAAGACUGCUAAGAGGAUGUCUCUGUUGGCUGAAGCUCAAAGGGUUAAGUCUAAGAAGGAGAAGCUCGAGAAGAAGAGAAAGGUCGUCACUAAGGAGGAGGCACAAGCUAUCAAAGCAGCAGGCAAGGCUUGGUACCAGACUAUGAUCUCAGACAGUGACUACACCGAGUUUGAUAACUUCACCAAGUGGCUCGGUGCUAGUCAGUAAUAAUGCUUUCUUCAUCGCAGUUUCUUUCAUAUUUAGGCAAAGAUUUUGGUUAUCUGUUUUAUUAUCUGCGUUUGUCUUGGACUUUUCUGGGAUUUACUUUCGUGAGGUAUUAUGUUGUUGAGUUGGUAAGAGUAUUUUUAAGAACUAUGAACAUGUUUUUCAAACUCUUUUCAAUCUUC